GUUCGAGGAGCGAACUACCGUGCUGCCGAAGAUAAGGCUCUUUGCGAGGCGUGGAUCGAAGUGAGUGAAGACGGAGGAAUAGGCAUCAACCAAAACAGCGAAGAGUUUUACGGUCGAGUAAAAGAUGUCUUCGAAGAGCUUCUCCGAGCCCAGGGGAAGCUCAACUCCACACGAGUAAUAACCUCGCUCAGCUCAAGGUUUCAAACCAUUUCCGCUGCUGUAUCGAAGUUUGUUGCUUGCCAUGCACAG